AUGGCACCAAAGAAGGGAAUCUUGGAGCGUCUCAACGCCGGGGAGGUGGUGAUCGGCGAUGGAGGCUUCGUGUUUGCCCUGGAGAAGAGGGGCUACGUGAAGGCCGGUCCCUGGACCCCAGAAGCCGCCUCAGAGCACCCCGAAGCAGUGCGACAGCUGCACAGGGAGUUCCUGAGGGCCGGGGCCAAUGUCAUGCAGACCUUCACCUUCUACGCCAGCGACGACAAACUGGAGAACAGGGGCAACAAGCUCACCUUCACCGGAGCUCAGAUCAACGAGGCCGCCUGCGAUUUGGCCCGUGAGGUCGCCAACGAGGGCGACGCCCUGGUGGCCGGAGGAGUGUGUCAGACUCCGUCCUACCUGAGCUGCAAGAGUGAGAAGGAGGUGAAGGCCAUCUUGAAGAAACAGCUGGACGUGUUCAUGAAGAAGAACGUGGACUUCCUGAUUGCUGAGUACUUUGAGCAUGUUGAGGAGGCCGUGUGGGCUGUGGAGGUGCUGAAGGAGACAGGGAAGCCUGUGGCUGCCUCCAUGUGCAUCGGACCGGAGGGAGACAUGCACGGCGUCUCUCCUGCAGAGUGUGCUGUCAGGCUGGUCAAAGCCGGUGCCCAGAUUGUUGGCGUCAACUGCCACUUUGACCCCCUGACCUGUGUGCAAGCUGUCAAGAUGAUGAAGGAGGGAGUGGAGAAGGCCGGGUUGAAGGCUCACUACAUGGUGCAGCCCCUGGCAUACCACACCCCCGACUGCAGCUGUCAGGGAUUCAUCGAUCUGCCAGAAUUCCCCUUCGGUCUGGAGCCCAGGAUCCUGUCGCGCUGGGACAUGCACAAGUACGCCAGAGAGGCCUACAACGCCGGCAUCCGCUUCAUCGGCGGCUGCUGUGGAUUUGAGCCCUACCACAUCAGGGCGGUCGCAGAGGAGCUGGCCCCCGAUAGGGGCUUCCUCCCUGCCGCGUCAGAGAAACACGGCAACUGGGGGGCCGGUCUGGAGAUGCACACCAAGCCCUGGGUCAGAGCCAGAGCCCGCCGUGACUACUGGGAGAACCUGAAGCCAGCCUCCGGUCGCCCCCUGUGUCCCUCCAUGUCUGCCCCCGACAGCUGGGGCGUCACCAAGGGCCACAAGGAUCUGAUGCAGCAGAAAGAGGCCACCUCUCAGGGCCAACUCAAGACGCUGUUCGACAGGUCAAAGAGCAACUGA